CUUUUCGUCUCAUUCCCAACGGCUACUAUAUACAGUAACAUCUGAGAAGCUUGAUUCUUGACAGAUGCAGCAGAUGCAACGAUGGAUGCGCGUGGAGUUAUGUAUUGGCCUUUCUAGUUUCGUCUACUACCAUUUUUUUUGUCGAUUCUUGAAAGGAAAUCAGACGUUUCGGUAUCUCUAAAAAAACAAAGCAAGUAACGCGAUUACGGCCUGCCUCCCCUCACGCAAAUCCUUAAAAAGGCGAGCCACUCACUCUCCUUAGUUCCUUGGGAUUGUUCGACCUUUGUUUCACAUCAUCAUCAUGCAGCACUAUAUAUCCAAUGCACACUACCCUGUGUACCCCACAGUUUUUGGAUUCCCUGUGGUAGUAGCAAUGCCCAUUUGUCAGGAAGUCGUUGCUGCUGCACCGACUGACAUGCAUCCUGUGGCAACAUGGCCAGCCUCACAGUAUUCCUCUGGUCAAAAUAUGGUGGUCCCGAGGUCUCCUGCUGUGAUUGCUCCGAGCCAUAGUGUCAGAUCCACGAUAUGCCAGUCCUCAACUAUGACGGUCUCUGUGUAUGAUGAGACAGGAACAACGUCCAACAAUCCCCCCUGUCGUCUUCCAGGAUGCUCGAAGCGUGCUCAUGAGAAUCCGGAUGGAACGUUUGGGGAUUUUUGUUCAAGAAGACAUCAACGUCAGUGCUUGCGAAAAGGCUGUAAACAGGAAGUUUACUGCAGUCCUGAUGGAGCACUUGGGGAUUAUUGUUCAAAGGAUCACAUGAAUCGUGGGGAGAAUAUCUGCAUUGAAUGCUUCGCCAAGACCGUCCGUCCCGAGCAUAUUUUCUGCAGCCAAACAUGCAUGUUCAUCACCAAGUCCAAGGGACCGAUACUCCUCAAGGUUCCCGCAGGUCAUAAAGACUUUGAUGAUGUUCGGGAUCAAUUUUACUACUCAUGGACAGACCCGAAUAGUCCAUGUGUCAAACAUAUCUUCAAGAUCAUGUAUCCAGAGAAAAUGACAACAGCUUAUCACAGGUACAAGAGGACCAUCGAGGCACGUUCACAAUUUGCUGCAUUUCCCCCAAUGAGUGCCGGGAACGAAGCUCAAAGUUGGCAUGGGACAAACCGGGAGUGUCUCCUCGGUGAACGGGACCGCUCCCGCUUUUGUAUUUCCAGCUCAUGCUCACUUUGCUGCGUCAUCAAAUCCUCGUUCGAUAUCGGAUUCGUGAAAACAAAUGUAGCGAGAUUCGGCAGAGGAAUCUAUACGUCCCCCAGCGCAUCAAAGGCAUGUAGCUAUUCACGGAAUUUCGGACCAGCUGCAGCCACGAAAUUGAAGGCGCUCCUCCUGAACAAGGUUGUCAUUGGUAAAGGACACCUAAUUCAUGGGGACCAUCCGUCGUACCGAGAAGUUACCUCACCACCGCCAGGUUUUGAUUCGCUAGUGGUAGGGAAAGGAAAUGGUGUGAAAGAUGAUGAAUACGUGGUCUUCACAAACGACGCUAUUAGACCUUCUUUCCUUGUAAUGUAUGAAGACCGUUAAGGGCGUAUCACAUCACACAGGACUGUCAGGAUAAGUAGAAGAACCCUGGACAAUUUCGGAAAUGCUCCUAUGCCUUUAUGCAUAUCCUACUAUCCUUUUACAUAGUCCCCAUUUAGUUGUAUAUAUUCAAGACGUCAUUUGUGUACUCAGGAAUCAUAAUAUGAGUCACAUCCCUCAUCUUCAAUGUGUAGUAGUGUGGAGU